AUGUACUCUUCAUUAACUAGGAAGUUAGUAUUUGCUAUUGUCGCUGUAUCCCUAUACUUCUUUGAGAUAAACAUAUUGGGAAGACUAAAAUCUAAAUACGUCUGGGGUGGACAAUACGAUCUUCAUAUCAAAACACCUGUUGAUUUCAACAAUAUUCAAGGAUAUGAUAUAGCUGGAAAAGCAAAUUCAUCCUAUGUCAAGAAAUCAAGGUUUGUGGACAUGCCAAUCCUCCAUAACACGAGUGCUAUUGAAUACAAAAAGAUAGAGAAAAUUCUAGUAAAGCGACUCUUGCAUGGUGUUGGACCAAAAGCAUCAUCCUAUAUUAUAUUGAGAGAAGAUGAACCUUAUGGCUUCGGAAACAAUUUUCGGAGCUUGCUGGCCUCUGCUUUAAUAGCUUUGAUAAGCGGAAAACGACUGAGAAUUAUGUGGGAUAACUACUUCUUACUAAUGGACAAUGAAUUCAUUCGGUUGCGAUACAAUGAAUCGGAAGUGAAAAGGAACAAAAUCAGUUACUAUUAUACGUUUCCCAAAGAUUUGUUCACUUCAGUCAAUAAUGAUCCAAACAUCACCGACUAUUUCAAAUCCAAAUACUCAGGGAUCCAUACCUAUGCCAUCUUGUCUCCAUCGAUUUGUUCCAACCCAGAAUAUGUGGAGAAGCUUGUGGACAUUGGACUGAUUCCAAAUGCUGAGAAUGCAAUGAUUGAAAUCCACCAUCGACUCUCUCGGAUCUUAUUUCAACCCAAGAAGUCUCUAAUAAACGAAACAAGAGUAUUCAUGAAGGAAAAUAAGCUGGAAAAUUGUGUUGGCAUUCAAUAUCGAACAGGUGGAUAUGUAUCCCACUUUUACGAGCGUACUACGUUUCUAUCGUUAGACUCUGUCGUCGAGAGUGCAAAAAUUCUAAAAACAGCAUUUGCAAAUAAGAACCGGACGGUAUUUUUAACAACGGAUUCUAUGAAAGUAUUGAAAGUCGUUCCGAAAAUGAUGGAACCAUUACAAGUUAGGAGUGUCCAAAUGUAUGCGAUUGGCCACUCUGCUUCAAAUAGAAAGACUUUUGUUGGAUUGUCCCCAAUAAUGAAUCGAAUUUUUAUGGAUCUGUACAUAUUUUCAAGCUGCGAUUCUAUCUUUUGGACGCGAAAUAGUUCUUUCGGAGAAUUAGGGUACUGGCUCUCUAAUUCUCAUACGGCAUGUCAAAUAGAUAAAUAA